GUACACCAGAUUCAUCAUGAUUGAAGACAAUAAGGAAAACAAAGAUCAUUCCUUAGAAAAGGGAAGAGCAACUCUCAUUUUUUCCUUAAAGAAUGAAGUUGGAGGACUUAUAAAAGCACUGAAAAUCUUCCAGGAGAAGCAUGUGAACCUAUUACACAUUGAGUCCCGAAAAUCAAAGAGAAGAAACUCAGAGUUUGAGAUUUUUGUUGAUUGUGAUAUCAGUAGAGAACAAUUGAAUGAUAUUUUUCAUCUGUUGAAGUCUCAUACUAAUGUUCUCUCUGUGAAUCUACCAGAUAAUUUUACUGUGAAGGAAGAUGGUAUGGAAACUGUUCCUUGGUUUCCAAAGAAGAUUUCUGACCUGGACCAUUGUGCUAACAGAGUUCUGAUGUACGGAUCUGAACUGGAUGCUGACCAUCCUGGCUUCAAAGACAAUGUCUAUCGUAAAAGACGAAAGUAUUUUGCAGACUUGGCUAUGAACUAUAAACAUGGAGACCCCAUUCCUAACGUUGAAUUCACUGAGGAGGAGAUUAAGACCUGGGGAACUGUGUUCCGAGAGCUCAACAAACUUUACCCAACCCAUGCCUGCAGAGAGUAUCUCAAAAACUUACCUUUGCUUUCUAAAUACUGUGGAUACCGGGAAGAUAAUAUCCCACAAUUGGAAGAUGUCUCAAACUUUUUGAAAGAGCGCACAGGUUUUUCCAUCCGUCCUGUGGCUGGUUACUUAUCACCAAGAGAUUUCUUAUCAGGUUUAGCCUUUCGAGUUUUUCACUGCACACAGUAUGUGAGACACAGUUCAGAUCCCCUCUAUACCCCAGAGCCAGAUACCUGCCAUGAACUCUUGGGUCAUGUCCCCCUUUUGGCUGAACCUAGUUUUGCUCAGUUCUCCCAAGAAAUUGGCCUGGCUUCUCUUGGAGCUUCAGAAGAGGCUGUUCAAAAACUAGCAACGUGCUACUUCUUCACUGUGGAGUUUGGUCUAUGUAAACAAGAGGGGCAGCUAAGAGUCUUCGGUGCUGGCUUACUUUCUUCCAUCAGUGAACUCAAACACGCACUUUCUGGACAUGCCAAAGUAAAGCCCUUUGAUCCUAAGAUUACCUGCAAACAGGAGUGUCUCAUCACAACUUUUCAGGAUGUCUACUUUGUAUCUGAAAGCUUUGAAGAUGCAAAGGAGAAGAUGAGAGAAUUUACCAAAACAAUCAGGCGUCCAUUUGGAGUGAAGUAUAAUCCAUAUACACGGAGUAUUCAGAUCUUGAAGGACACCAAGAGCAUAACCAGUGCCAUGAAUGAGCUGCAGCAUGAGCUUGAUGUUGUCAGUGAUGCCCUUGCUAAAGUCAGCAGGCAGCUGAGCAUCUGACAGUUGCCAGUCCUAAUCCCGAAAGCAUCUGAGCAUUCAGAGGCCUGUGGGCCAACUGUUGCUUUGCUUGAUGACCUGGUUGUGGAGGAACAGCAGCCAAACAAUCUUCUCUAUUCCCAUUCCUUAAUGGACCAUUAGUCUUUGAAAAUGUGUACCUGGAUACUCUAGCCACUACUUUUUUUUUCUUUUGGUAACAGCUUUAGUGAAGUGUAGCCUAAUUUUAUUUUCCCCAGUUCUUGAGUAAAAUGACUUCGAUGAUCACUUACAAUACCUUGGUGGUUAUUAUGGAACUGAUCCACAUUGUUACUUAAGAUUCUCUUAUUUCUACAAUAGCUUACUUAUAACUGAAUUUGUGCCAAGCUUGGUCACAUUCACAUGCCGAAAUUUAAUAGGGGAUCAGCUGUCUCUGCUGCUAGCCUGAGCAAAAGCAGAGAGGCCUUUGCAUAUGAAACAGACCUGGUAAAGAGCAAAUAGUCUAUUUUCAAGUGUAGUGUCUUGUAGGGAAAAAGGAGUAUCUAAGUCUAGAAAGGUUGAUUGGAGUAUGAUCCUUAAGUCCAGGUGAAGAAUUUGUGACUUUAUUUUGAAGGCACUAGGGAGCCCCUGCCCGAGUGACCAUCCUCCUUGAAACUCUUUUCUUUCUGUGGCAUUGCAUAUGUUUUACAUUAUCUGUCCUACUCAAGAGGCCAAAGGGAACUUGCAAGGCCCUGAACUCUGACAUGCAGCCCCAGAGAAUAUCCUCAGGUUAGCAGGAGACAGUGUUGUCCAAGAGAGAGUUCAAACUGAGACAGAUGAGAAGCGUGCAAAGUUUAAGUUGGAAAAGCAGUGCCAAGCACUUUAUUUCCAAGGUAUAAGGUGAGACCAUAAAUAGGAAGGUCAGGCGUGACAGUCGAGUGUGGGGAAAUGGGGAGGAGAUGGUGUAAGAAAAGUCAAGAAGAGCAUUUUAGGACUGACACUGUAAUAAUAAAGGCUGCAAGCACUGGCUUUUAUGUGGUGUCAGCGGUGUAGUACAGGGGGCAGGCUUGGUAUAAAGCAGUAAAGCUGGAAUCCCCAGGAUAGGCUUGUGUCUCUUCAGUUUGCUCCUUUCCUCCCCCCACCCACUAAAGGAAGACUUUCCUCAAGUUUCUGUCUUUAGCCCUCUUCUCUCUCUGCUCUCUGUUCACGGGAGAUGUCAUCCGUGUCCAUGACUUUCUUAUUUCAUAUGUCUCCCAUAUUUGCAAUUCUAACCCUGACAUCUGUCUUGAGUUUUUGCCUCUUACAUCCAGCUGCCUGCCAGAUAUUUCCAUCUAGAUGUCCCAUGAAUUAGGCCAAUGUUGUGUAACUUCUUGUGGCACCAUUCAUUAGAAUGAAAUGGGGUUGUGCAACAUGGCAGCCCUGCCAAAUAUCUUAAACUCUAUAGGUCCGAAAAGAAACUCAGAAUCACCAGAAUUUUGUGCCCCAUCAGUUUCCUCUCCCAGUGAUCUCAUUUCUAUUGAUUGUAUUAAGGGUCAUAUUUUCAGCCAAUUUCCCAUUCUUAAUCAGCUAUUUAAAGACCGUGUCCUUAAUUUUUUCACAUUAAUAGUCAAAUUGAAUACCAUUUAACAUGUUUUAUUUCAACAGACAACUAGAUAUUUUAAUCCUUUUUAGGCCUCAAAGGAAAUUAUUUUAAAAACUCUUAAAAAUUUAUUUCAUUUUAUGUUAUACAAGGAAAUAGAAUUAGGAAGAAUAAUUCAUGCUACUUCAGAUUUUUACAUUACUUAUAAAUUUUAAUAGCUGAUCAACUGUUAAGUAUACCUUUGAUAGUACUAGGUCUAAGUCAGCUAAUCUAAAACCUUUUGAAAUAUUGGUUAGGUCGUUUAUAGUUAGUGUAUUUGGUUGCAAGGAAAUCUAUGAAGCAAACUAUGAUAGAUAGCAAAUAACAACAAAUCAUGCAUACUGUAUCUGGUUUGGUUAUUUUCAUACAACUUUGAUCAUUGCAAAGAAUCGUAGUUAUUGAAUUUUUAAAUGAUGGUAUUUCAAAUCACUCUAUGACAAAAGCACACUAAAGUAAAUGUUAAAGACACAACGAUUAUAAUUCACAUCUUCAGAAUAAUGGAAAUAUUUAAUGAUUGGCUUCAGUUCUUUCUUCUAACCUCUGAAUUUAUGAUAUUUGGUAAAUGAGGAGUUCUGAGAGUCUUAGAGUUUUCAUGCAUUUUAAAUAUAUUUCUUCAAAUAUAUGAGAACAGAAUUGAACCAAAAGUGUGGUUCAUAAUUCUUAAUCAGUGAGUUAUUACUCAGAGACAUAGAUGGUAUGUUCCUGACUUUUUGAAGAAUGCUCCAAAAUCUGGUUGUCAGUUGCCUGUAUUUCUUAAUCUGCCAAUUCUGUCAUUUGGAGUUAUACAGUGGUUAUGACAUGCCAAAGUGUACAGAAUUAUAGUUCAUCAUUAAAUUGCCUUCCAAACUGAAAAAAUUAAAAAUCCUGGAAUUGUCUAAAGGAACACAUAAUAGAGUUCAUAUAUUAAUUUCUAGGAAAUGUAUAAAGAUACUGUGGUCUUAUUUCAGUUCGUCUUUAUUUUACUAUAUGAUAUACACUUAUGACUUGCAAGUUUGUUAUUCAACUGGAUAAUAAAAGGACACAAAAUUCAUGUUCUCACUAAGCAUUUUUUUUGUCAAAUGUAUGUUAAAAACUGAUUUAAAUGUAUAUUAGCAAUUUCAUUAGUUUCAGAAAUCUGUAAGUUCCUUAUACUUCUUUAAAAAGCCUACAAAUAUGUGAUGUAAGGGAAGCCAAACACACCUGGAACCUAGAAACCACUUUUUGGAAUUCUUGAUAAAGUCUCAGUCUCAUGUUCCUCAUCUGUAAAGUGAGCUAAAUCUACUUUACUGGGUUAUUGUAAGAAUUAUGUUGUGAGAGGACUUGUAAAAAGAAACAUUAGCCAUAUGUAAAGAAUCAUUAAUCUCCUAAUCAGAGAUCCCCAUAGCUUCUGGAUGAUUUUUAUCUUCCUUCGGAGGGAAUUAACUUUUGCGUCGAGCAGACAGCAUAUAAUGGCAGGGGAAGCUUACCUUAGUCCUAGCAGGGAUUAAGCCAACUUGAAGCUGUGUUUCAGUCUUUGUGAGGGCUGGUUUAUUUCCAGUUCACCUCUACUCUUACGGUGCAGCCCUUUAGGGAUCUCAAAGGAAAGCUACGUGUGUGUACCAGGGCUUCUCCUUGGGGACCCUGGACUCCUACUUUUCUUUACUCUCAUUCCACCCCACCUCCCGACACCAUAAAAUUGCUAAAAGUACUGUUCAGUUUCUCAGCUUCUCAGCUGCUGCUUUCAGCCCAGUUUCUUAGCCUCCAAGUCACUGCUUGCUAAUUAGCAAAUGCUUCAAGCAGAAAAGUAGUGCCAAAUAUAAUCUCUCAGCUUUUAGAUCUUGGCCCUCCAAGUUCUGGCUGCUUUGAUAGCUCUCCGAUGACUUGAAACAGAUUUUAAAAAUAUUUCCCCCCAGUUUUUCUAAUUGUUUUUGGUGAGAGAACUGGUCUGUAGCUAACUAAUCUGCAUUUAAAGUGGAAAUCUGACCUUGGAGUAACUCAUUUAACUUCUUUGAGCCUUAGUUUUCUCAUCUAUAA